AUGGAGUGGGUGAAGACUGCAAUGCUUCUGAUGGGAUGCAUUCAUGGCAUUUAUGGUGUUGCAAUAAUGGUAGAUUGCCCUUCAUUUGAUAGGACAGCAGCAACCUUGGACAAGCACUGGUGUAAAAAUGAUUCCACAGUCACAUACACUGUAGCCAGGCAAAACUGUGAAGACAUUUGCUCAGUCCUGGCAGUACCGACCUUGCAUACUGAGAUUUCAUUUCAUGAAUUAAUCAAUGGCAUCCAGCGUUGGAUAGGCAUAGAGAAUAAUGGCAGUGCCUGGUCUGGCAUGGAUUCUGGCUAUAACCGUUGGCCAGGUGGUGUAGAACCAGCCAGCAAUGGGCAGUGUCAAGCAGCUACCUUUACAUUCAGGCAUGGAAGUCCAGUAACAUUCUCAGCACACAGCUGUGAGGACACAUUCCCAUACCAGUGUCAACAAGCCACUGCUCCUUGUGGUGCCUCACCAAACAUUGCCCAGGCCACAAAGGUAUACAGCCGGUGUAGCUCCAGUUGUUGUUUUGUUGGGGGACAGGUAAAUUACACAUGCCAAGCAGGUUACCAGCUCACUGGAUUUGAAGGCUCCAUAACAUGUAACAGUGAUGGGAACUAUUCUGUUGAUGCCAGUGUUGGAACUUGUGUUGUAUUAUCUUGUUCUAAUUACACCCUAAACAGCAACGAUCAUGUGACAGGCAAUGACACCAGUGGAAGCUACGUGUAUGGCACAGUGAUAGAGUUCACAUGUGAGGACGGUUAUGAGCUGGUCGGAGGAGGAGGAGCUACCACAAAACUUGUUAGAUGUAGUGCAUCUGGAGCCGGAGUAGACUGGGACUCGACAGUUCCCACAUGUCAGGCAUUUUCUUGUUCUAAUUACACCCUAAACAGCAACAAUCAUGUGACAGGGAAUGACACCAGUGGAAGCUACGUGUAUGGCACAGUGAUAGAGUUCACAUGUGAGGAUGGUUAUGAGCUGGUCGGAGGAGGAGGAGCUACCACAAAACUUGUUAGAUGUAGUGCAUCUGGAGCCAGAGUAGACUGGGACGCAACAGUUCCCACAUGUCAGGUACCCCAACCUGCUUCCACAGCUGUCAGUAACUACCCAAGAAAUGUAUUUACUUGUGCCAUAAUAAUAUUAUCAAACAUGCUUGUUUACAAACAGUUUUAAAGGACUUGUUCAAAUGCAGCUUUGAAGGAUAAGCCAGGAUGGUAUUUUUGAAUAUCAAAGACUCUCAAUAAUAGAUUUUUUGAUUAAAUUUGUUGUUGAUUUGCUUAUGCCGUUUAAAUGACCUGGUUGUAGAAAAAAAGUGAUAAAAAUUGAUUAUUUAACACAAGGUUUGUUUUAUUUCAAUAUAUCUGUACAAUAAUGUUAGGAAAAAGAAAGGAAAUAAUUAUAAAAAUAAGAGUACAAUAUUCAGGCUGGGCAAGAGGAGAGAAGUAAGAGAAAGUGGUAUUUGAAAAGGGGACCCAGUUAGUUAUCAGGGUGAUGAGGCUCAGUCUUUGAAAGAUCAGGCAUACGUCUUUUAAAUAUAUAUAAGCAUUUUUUUGUGACAAUACAUCCAAUUUUCACAUUUUGAUUAUGACCAUUUUUGUAUUCAAGCUUCACUGUUUGCACCCAUAUGUACAUACACUGUAUAUGAUAAAAAUACCCCAUUUUGGGUAACUUUUUUCACAGACACCCAUAAUGCAUUACUUAAUAAAAUGCAAUAUAUACCUGUAGAUUGCAAAAUAAAUUGUAUUAAAAAACUAAAAUGUUUAUUUGCAAAUCUUGAAUGACUCU